AUGCUUUCUUCGAGCUCUGGAGUCCUUCAUAGGGAACUCAUGGCAAAUCCGACUAGGCCUAUCCAUAUCUUUAAUGUUCAGCCUAACUCUAUGCGUAUCUUGAUACGAUAUCUGUAUAGCCAGGAUAUUGACGAUGCAAUUGAAAAUCGAAAUUCAAUUAAUGUUUGGAAUUGUAGGACUGGGCAUGGGAUCAAUCAUAUUUCAAAGUUGUCGCUUUAUAAAGACCUACUCAAAUUGGCAGAAAGGUUUAA